CUUUGGCAGUUGAUAUAAUGCAUACGUUGUGCGUACUGUGGGCAAUUGUGGUCGUGGCAGCAGCAGCUGUUACGGCUAGCGAACCGAAGUGUAAGGUGUGUCAGGAGCUCAAUGAAGUGUCCUGCGAAUCGGAAACAACCUACUACAUGUGCUCGGAUAACAAGAAGUUUGGAGACUUGCAAACCUGUCCAUAUAAUACUGUUUGCACCAACGACCAAAGAGUUUGUGUAAAUAAAUUAACCGAAUCUAUAAAGAAUCUAUGCCACAACAUCGACGUAUGGACAUCCAAAUGCCAGAACUGCACUGGGAAUGAGUAUGCCUGUGUGAGCAAAACUGAAUAUACUCGCUGCAUCGUAGGUAUGAUGUCCUUUCCCAUAAGUUGCAAGGCGGAUGAAAUCUGUGUAACUGAGGCACAAUCAACAAACAAGGACAGGAGCCUCUGUGUGCCAAAAUGCGUGGCGGACUAUAACGGUUAUGUGCCAAGCUGUGGCAAUGAAAAAUAUGCUACGACUACCCGAGUGUCACCCAAUUUCUUUGUACCCGAUGACAGUGAAAUAAAAUCGCUCUGCACUGAUAAUGCUGUUAAAUAUCCAGACGUAGAUUGGUUCUAUUGGAGGUACGGUAAUUACUGCAAGAGCUAUAUUUACUGCCAGGCCAGAGAUGAGGGAACAAAAAAAACCUGGAUAGGUGAAUUUAGAAAUUGUCCUGCUAAUGUGCCGUUUUUUAAUAUAGACGUAGGCCGUUGCGAGGCAAAGGAACCCAAACGUUGCCUAAUUCAUUUUUAAAAACAAGAACUAUAUAUACUGUUGGGUUAAAGAUUUGAAAGCAAACCUGAACAAUUAAAUUUAUAUAUUGCCCUGCUAA